AUGGAGACCUGCAGUUGUUUCCACAACGGCCGCUCCUACAAGAUCCAGGAGGAGUUUUGGGAGGACGGGAGCUGCCAGAGCCGGUGCCGAUGCGAGGUGGGGGGCAAGGUGGCUUGCAAGAAGGCUGGGUGCAAGGCCCACGAGAAAUGCGUUACGGUCGACGGCGUUCCCAGCUGCCAGGCGAACAAGUACUUCACCUGCAUCGGGACAGGCGAUCCUCACUACACCACCUUCGAUGGGUUGAGAUACGACUUCCAAGGGACGUGCAUCUACCAGUUCGCAGCCCUCUGCACCCAGGACCCCAAACUGGUUCCCUUCACCGUCAAAGUGGAGAACAACAACCGGGGCAACAAAGCUGUAUCCUUCACCAAAACCGUCACUUUGGAGGUCUACGGCAACGUCAUCAGCAUGAGCCAGGAGCAUCCGCGCAAGGUCAAGGUCAACGGCGUCUUCGUGGAGCUGCCGUUCACCCAGAAGGACCAGUUCGAGCUCUACCACAGCGGCGUCCACGGCUUCGCCCGCACCGCCUUCGGCUUGCGGGUCAGCUUCGACUGGUACAGCUACGCCCGCGUCAUCCUCCCCGACGCCUACGCCGGCGCCGUCUGCGAUGAAAUCCAGCUGGCCGAUAGCUGGAAGGUGGGAGACGUCCCCGGUUGUUCGGCCGGUUGCGUGGGGGAUUGCCCGGUGUGCAACGAGGAGCAGAAACAACCCUACCGUGGUGACGGCUAUUGCGGGGUGAUUGCCAGAGCUGGGGGGCCCUUCCGGGCCUGUCACCGCGCCAUCAAUCCCGCACCCUUCCUCGAGGAUUGCGCCUUUGAUGCCUGUCACUACAAAGGCCACCGGCACACCUUGUGCAAAGCCAUCGCCGCCUACGUGACGGAGUGCCAGAGCCACGGCAUCGGGGUGGAGCAGUGGAGGACGCCGUCCUUCUGCGGCCCCUCCUGCCCCCAUCAUUCACACUACGAGCUCUGCGGGAGCAGCUGCCCGGCCACGUGUCGACGCCAAGCCGUCCCCGAGGGCUGCGCCUCGGUGCUGUGCACCGAAGGCUGCUUCUGCGACGAGGGCUUCGUCCUCAGUGGUGACGAGUGCGUGCCAGUGGGCGAGUGUGGCUGCGAGCACCGGGACCGCUACUACAAGAAGGGUGAGGAUUUCUACGCCUCAUGCCGGGAGAGAUGCUGUUGCAAAGCCGACGGGGUGGUGGAGUGCGAGGAGGUCUUCUGCAGCGCCCACGAGGAGUGUCGAGUAGAGGACGGGGUGCUGGGGUGCUACCCCACCAGCUACGGGCGGCUGGUGGUGUCAGGGGACCCCCACUACGUGACGUUCGAUGGGCGAGCCUUCGACCUGCUGGGGUCCUGCACUUACGUCCCCUCUCUGAAAGCGGCGCCCUCGGCUGACGAACUUCUCGAUCCUGCUGGAGCACGACGUGGGCGGUCGGGGCAACGUGGCCCUGAUGAAGAAGGUGGUCAUCUCCAUCCACGGGUGGGAGGGGAGCGCUACACGCUGCCACUGGUGACGGAGGACAAGAAGCUCCGGAUCGGCCAAGAAGGGAACAACAUCAUCCUCCAGACCGCUGCCGGCCUCCGGCUCCUCUACAACGCGGCCACCUACCUCCUCGUCACCAUCCCCGACGCCUACCGGGGCCGCAUGUGUGGACUGGGUGGCAACUACAACGGGGACCCCGGCGACGACUUCCAGCUGCCCGGCGGGUCCCUGGCGCAGAGCACCGAGGAAUUCGUCACCUCCUGGAAGAUGCCGAUGGAGGACGGAGCGUGCACCGACGGCUGCAACAGCAAGGUCUGCCCCAUGUGCGAUGCCACCGACACUGCUCCCUACGGUGCCAGCGACUCCUGCGGGCUCAUCCGGGACCCGGCGGGACCUUUUGGGCCGUGUCACCCACGGGUGAGCCCGGUGGAGUAUUUCAACCAUUGCCUCCAUGAUGUUUGUGCUGCCAACGGCGCCCGUGAUGUCCUGUGCCACAGCCUCCAAGCCUAUGCCGCCGCUUGCCAAGCUGCCGGGGCCGAGAUCGGCGGAUGGAGAACGACCACUUUUUGCCCCCUCUCCUGCCCACCCCACAGUCACUACGAGCUCUGCACCCGUACUUGCGACUUCACCUGCGCCAGCCUCUCCGUGCCGGCCCCGUGCAGCUGGGCGUGCUUUGAGGGCUGCCAAUGCGACGAUGGGUACCUCUUCGAUGGAGAAGCCUGCGUGUCCCUGGAGCAGUGUGGCUGCAUGCACCAGGGACGGUAUUUCAAGGCGGGCGAGACCAUCAUCUCCAGCAACUGUUCCAUGAAAUGCAAUUGCCACCCGUCCCGGGGACUUGUCUGUGAGGACAUACGGUGUUCCCCGGAUGAGGUCUGCGCCACGCGGGACGGGGCGCAGCGGUGCAUCAAGCGGGAAGGCCAGUGCCGGGUCUCGCCAGGGGCCUCCAUGACCACAUUUGACGGCACCAGGGGAAGGCUCCUCGCCAGUGGCACCUACAAAGUGGCCGCCCUUUGCAACGAGCAAUCACCCAACUGGUUCAAAGUGGUGGUGGAGGUCAGCGAGUGCCGGGACGACAGCAUCCCGGCUGCCGUGGCCGUCUUCGUCUUCUUCCGCGAAGCUUUUAUCAAUGUGAAUAACAACAUGGAGGUGUGGGUGUUCAACCCCAAUGAUAUCUUCAUGCUGUCCUAUUUUUACGGGGCGGCCUGGGAUUUUUUAACCCGUUUCUGGCAUUUUGCCUCGCUGCAGGUGAAUGGUCUUUUCACCCGCCUUCCAGCUAUGGUGUCCAAAGCCAUUUCCUUGAGCGCGGUGGCGGGGAACAUCACCAUCUCCCAUACAUCGGGGAUGGAUGUGCUCUUCAGCCCCAGCGGGGAGGUGACGGUGACCGUAGGGGCUGCCUUGGUCAACCGGCUCUGCGCUCCCUGUGGCAACUUCAAUGGUGACCCCAGCGAUGACCUGAAGCUGCCUGAUGGCCGGAUUGUGAGGAGCAUCGCAGAGGUUGUUGAUGCCUGGAAAGCCAGGGAUUUUACGGGAUG